AUUGCUUCCCUUCUGUUAAUCACCCCAGUUUAGCUCCGUGUCCUUUUGUUUCUAACAAGAUGGGUGGAGGUGGCAAGAUCCCAUACCCCAAGGAAGUUUGGUCUCCGGCUGGAGGCUGGUAUUGCCAACCUGCGAACUGGAGAGCGAAUACAGUGAUUGCGGGCGCUUGCAUCAUCGGGAUCGCUGCAGCGACGUGGAGCCUCAGCGCUGAACGCGAACAUCGUGAUAAGAUGCCAGAGCCCGGCAGAUUCUUCCCGAGCCGAUACUGGAGCAGGCAGAUCAUCGAAUACGAGAAGCAACAAGCCGCAAAGAACGAGUCAUGAAACAAUGGAGUGUGGUGGUCAAGGGGAACAGUGGAAGCGAUCGAGAACAACAGCAAUCUCUUCUUUAUAUUGUUUUUCGCUUCUUUGCUUGUUGUUUGACAUUACCGUGGACGGCAUGACAGAUAGAGGAGCGUUUUCAAUCGAUCGAGCCAUUGAUUCUCUGGGGUGACUCUUCCAGUGUCUUAUACAGUCUUUGUGUGUACAGGCGGACCCGUUCCGUGAAUCCAGUUCCAUUCCAAAGCUCCUUUCCAUCCUUAGACACUGAUACCUGGGGCACGCCUAUCUGUUCCACCACAAAGCCUGCGGCAACAGUGGCGAAGAUCAGUGCCAUGGGAAUAUAUUUAUAUUUACCCCAGGAAUCCAUCGACUUUCUCCAGUUUUCUGAUGCUCCCAGCGUAGAUUCGAUGACUUUUCCAGGCUCCCUAUUGGCGUUCACCAUGCCUUGCGCCAGAGCUCCAAGAAAUGAAUUUCCUGCACCCGUGGGAUCUGUCACUGGUGAAGCUUUCGAAGGGUCCGGUUCAUGAUAAGCAGGCAGCCAUAUUCUUUGCGUUCGCGUGUACGAGUAGCUUCCAUCCUUUCCAGCUCUGAUGGCUAGAACACCUUCUCCUUCAGGACCAAUACCCGACCUCAAGAUUCUCUGGACCAGAUCCCUGUCGUCUUGGUUGCCCUCAUUCCAACCGGGCCGACCGAACAUCAUGCCCAGCUCUAAUUCGUUAGGGCUCACCACAUCUACGAGACGGCUGGCUGCGAAGAAAUUCUCCUGUUCUUCUGGAGUGCAGAGGUCGGGCACAGGCUCUGACUUGGGAUAUUUGCCUUCUCGCUUAAGUUCACCACGUAU